AUGCAAUGCAAGGAGAAAUUUGACUCGGAGGAGAGCUUCUACACCAAACUCAUUGAGUUCUUGGAGUACUAUUCUGGACUUACUCUAAUUUUCAAUGUCCGAGAAACAUUGUUGGACUUGUACCUGUUUUACUUGGAGGUCACCACAAGAGGAGGAUAUCACCAGGUUGGUCGAGAUAAGAAAUGGGGUGAAGUUGUCUCUGCACUGAAAUUGGAAGGCAACAAUGCAAAGUUAUCUGCUCAAGUUGAAAUGCUCUAUGCAUAUCUUCUUUAUGAUUUCGAGCAAAUGUACUUCUUCCAGUGUCCAGCAAAGCAAGCCAGCACCAAAGGUUAA